CCCGCCUCGGACAAGCGUUGCCUCGUGUGUGUAAACGCCUUUAACACGUGAACAAACAGAAGCGAGGGAGUGGAGAGGCCGCGUGACAGAAAGUGGUUACAGAAAGUGCCAUUGACAUCACGGAUUCGCAAAGAUAGUUUAAAUGAAGUCAAUGAUGUGUUAAAUCCGUCCUUCCACUCCCUCCGGCGCUGCGGCAAAGGCGAAUCAGUGAACUAGUGGAAGCCCAGUCUCAAUGGCUCGACAGACAGAGCGGAAGAGUCCCCUGCGUCGACCGCGGCCUCGAGGGGCGGGUGUGGGCGCCUGGCUGCGUGGGCGGCGACCGUGUCCGUGGAACCCGUGUUGUUCCUGCACAAUCUCGCGAGCCAGGUCGUGUGGGUGGCGUCGCAGGAUCUCCUGGUGGAGAAGGCUUGCCUGGUCAACUACGGCUAUGAGAAGGACGUGUGCAAGGACCUGACCAAGCACGACGAGGAGCAGGCGCGCGUGCAGGACCUCGUGUCGGAUUUCCUCAUGUAUCGCUCCAUCUUCGAGACGUCUAUCAAGGUGAUCUUCGUGCUGUACCUCGGGUCGUGGAGCGAUCGCACGGGCCGCAAGAUCCCGCUGGUGCUCUCGCUGCUGGGCCUGCUGGGGGAGGCGGCCGUGUUCCUCGCCAACUCCCUGUCGCCGUCGUGGGGCGUGAGCAUGGCGCUGCUGUCCUCCGUGCCGUACUCGCUCAGCGGCGGCACGCACGCCCUGCUCAUGCUCGCGUUCGCGCACCUCGCCGACACCUCCGGAAGACGGGAGCGCACGGUGAGGAUGGGCCUCCUGGACGCCGCUUACUACCUGGGUUCUCCUGCGGGAAUGGCGCUGGUGUCGCCUCUCCUCAACGCCGGCGGAUACACGGCCGCCUUCACCGCCGCCAUCCUCAUCUACUGCGUGUCCGCCCUCUACGUCCUGCUCAGGAUACGGCAGACGGAACGCCAGAAGCACCAGCAGACUGGAACCGAAGGAGCAUGCGACCUGAGUCACUUAAGCGAGGCCGUCGCGGUGACCUGCCGACCUCGCCACCAAAGGGCCACCACGCAUAUACUGCUCCUCAUCCUCGCCAUGCUCUGUGAUUCUAUGCCUGUCUGGGGUGAAGGGAACGUGAAGUACCUGUUCACCCAACGAGCCCUCGACUGGAAUCACAAUCAGUACAGUCACUGGGGAACAUUUUCUUCCCUCCUCAGUGUUGCCGUCCUGGUGGUGGUGGUUCCUGUCCUGAGCGGCGUCUUGGGCGUGCCAGACGGCUGGAUGGGCGUGAUCGGGGCUGUGUCUCGCAUGGCCGGCAGCCUCUGCUACGCCUUCGUGACGAGUCCCAGCCUGGCUUGGCUCAUGUGGAUGGGCGCGGUCAUUUCCAGCGCGAAAAACCUGGCUCCGGUGUCCAUUCGUUCGCUCCUGUCUAAGCUCGCCGGGGCUCAAGACGUGGGGAAAGUUUACGCGGUCAUGGCGACGGCAGAAUCCAUCUUACCCUUUGCCGCAGCGCCAAUGUACAACGCCGUCUACACUGCCACGAACGACACCCGGCCAGCCACGUACAACUUCCUCUCGGCUGCGCUUUAUUCAUGUCUUUUCGCCCUUAUACUAGGCGUCACGCUGUCUCUCAGAAAAAUCGCCUUGAGGAGGAGAAACGUCACCCCGAGAAUAGCCAAAGGACAUCCACAGAUUUAUUGAUAUUUUCUUCGGUGUCAAAAUGUGUCAGUUACAUUUUCCCAACCGAAGGAAGCUUGGGAAGGAAUUGCUUACUCCAAUAAAAGGGAAAAGUGUUUGUUUAUAAAGUCGGGCUAGUAAGCUGAAAGUUGGUGUUUGGUGUGCUCACUGGUCUACUAUGUUGCUUUUGAUCUGUAUUGCUAUGGUUUAAAUGACAUUUCAUGGGUAUCACCGAAGUGAACAUUUUAUUAUCUGCAACAACACGAGAAUCCAUUGUUAAAAGUGCUCAACAUUCAGGAACACAUGUGUUUACAAAUUAUACAUAAUACGAGUGCGUGCAGUUAAAUUGCAAGAUGAUUUCUAUUUUUUUACCUAUAUAUCUAGUGCAAUUGACAGGCUAACACUAUUCCAAAUGCCCAAAUUUACUUACUCAGUCUAAUACACUUUUGCAUCGUUUAGCAAAAAAAAAAAAAUGUUCUGCGUCUGAGACUUUUUUUAUUUAUUCAAUUAUGAUCUGAGAAAGUAGCUAAAUAGUACAUAUUUACCUAUCCUAACUAUUAUAUCAAGUAAAAAUUGCUACACGAAUUUUCCAGCAAAUUUUCUCCGUGUUUUGUCUAGUUUAGCAAUACACUAAUGACCGACUUAUUUAGGACAAGAUGACACAAACCUGUCCAUAUCAGCCAUUCCCAACGUGGGGUACAUGUACACCGAGGGGUACAGUUGAAAUUCUCGAAAUGCACAAUGUAUACUGUAUACCAGUGACAGGUAAGAAAGCAUGCAUUAGCAAAUAAAUGAAGUAUGAACGCCAAGAGCGAUCAAUUACAUAUGCUGACAAAACA